UGAGCUAGAGUCCUCCUCGCCACAGUCCCUCCAACCGCAGUCACAAUGGGAGUCUUUGUGAAGAUCCUCUUUCUGAGUCUUGCAAGUCUCGCUCUCCUCCAAUCAGGUGUGGAAGGGAGCGACAUGUGUGUGUGCUUCUCCAUAAGGAGCGCGUGGAACGGCAACUACGACGCAGACUUUUCCGUCGUCGCCACCACCAGGUUCACCGGCCUCACCGUCCACCUCACUUUUGACAUUCCCGUAGACUCUCUCACCUACUUCCAAGGAGAUGUGGAGCAGGUGGACAGCACGCACUUCACCCUCACCGACGAAAGGUUCCACGCCGCUCCAGGAGACGAGGUCACGUUCGGGAUCGAGGUCCACUACACAGACCAAUCUCCAACCAUCAUCGACGUCGUCAUGAACGGCGAGAACGUUUGUGAUGGAUCAGGAGACUGGACAACUCCUACUAACAUAGAAAACCCCUGUGAUCAGACUGGUAUGCUGCCCUACGACUAUAGUCAGGUGUUGUGCAUGUCGUACGUGUUCUACGAGGCUCAGCGCUCAGGUAAACUGCCGGCUGAUCAGAGAGUCACCUGGCGUGGAGACUCAGCCAUGGGUGACGGCUCUGACGUGGGUCACGACCUUACUGGAGGCUACUACGACGCUGGUGACCACGUCAAGUUUGGCUUCCCGAUGGCUUACACUGCCACCGUACUCUCCUGGGGACUUAUAGACUUCGCCAAGGGACAUGAGAUUGCUGAUCAGGUUGAUUUUGGUCGUGCGGCGGUCAAGUGGGCUACAGACUACUUCCUGAAGGCCUACACUGACCACUAUGAGCUUUACGGCCAGGUGGGUAAGGGGCAGGUGGACCAUAACUACUGGGGACGGCCUGAAGAUAUGACCAUGGAGCGACCUGCCUAUAAGAUCGACGCUAGCGCUCCAGGAUCUGACCUGGCCGCCGAGACCGCCGCCGCCCUCGCCGCCGCCUCCAUGGUUUUCCAAGAAGUGGACAGUGCAUACUCCUCGAAGAUGCUUACGGUGGCCAAGGAACUGUACGCCUUCGCUGAUGAGGACCGUGAGGUGUACAGCAACUCCAUCACCGACGCGGCAGACUUCUACAAGUCGUGGAGCGGGUACGGGGAUGAGCUGUGUUGGGGAGCUCUCUGGCUCUACCGUGCUACAGGCAACGAGGCAUACCUAACAAAGGCCCGUGCCGCGUGGGACGAGUUUGACCUGGGUACUGAUGCCAUUCAGUUCUCUUGGGACGACAAGAGGGCCGGCUGUUAUUGCUUGUUCACCUUGCUGGACAAGGACUCAAAAGAAUACCAGCAGUCCCUGGAGAACUUCCUGGACUACUUGAUGAACGACGCGCCCUACACACCCCAGGGCAUGGUCUUCCUCGACAUGUGGGGAGCCAACAGACACUGUGCCAACGUCGCCUACAUCGCUCUCUGGGCUGCCCAGUACGGCGAUCAGUCCAAGAGCGACAAGUACCGGGAGUGGGCCCAGGGCCAGAUCAAUAUCUUGCUGGGAGACUCUGGUCAUUCCUUCGUUGUGGGUUAUGGCGUGGAUCCACCUGCCAGGCCUCACCACCGCUCCAGCUCCUGCCCGUGGCCUCCAGCAUCCUGCACUGACGGGUGGGCCCAACAACAACCAGGACCAAACCCUCACACCCUCUUCGGCGCCCUUGUUGGAGGUCCUUCCAAGGACGGCACCUACUCCGACGACCGCAAUGACUACGUGCACAAUGAGGUCGCCUGUGACUACAACGCCGCCUUCACUGGGGCUAUCGCUGCCUUGGUUGAGCUCAACUAGACGAUCAAGACGAUGUUGGAUAAGCUGUAUUAAACAAAAUAGGGACGAUUUACCGAUUACACUCGGCAGCAAAUUUUAAAACAAAUAUCCGUAACAUGGUUCAGAGUAGCUUCCCUUUGGUAAUUUUGAGGUGCUGAUUUCAAAUCUGGCAAUAAAAAUUCUCUGGCACGUACAGUUUAUUUGUUAUACAAAAAUUAAAUCUUACAAAUACAAAAA